AUGAGUUUCAGUUCGUCCAAGCGCAGGAUCGAGACCGAUGUGAUGAAAUUACUCUUGAGCAAUUACGAUGUAUCCUUGGUGAACGACAACAUGCAAGAGUUCCAUGUGACUUUUCACGGGCCCCCAUCGACCCCAUACGAAGGCGGCGUAUGGAGAAUCCAUGUCGAGCUGCCCGACCAAUACCCCUACAAGUCGCCGUCAAUUGGGUUUACCAGCAAAAUCGUCCACCCGAAUAUCGACGAGAAUUCCGGAUCUGUAUGUUUAGAUGUUAUCAACCAAGCUUGGAGCCCCAUGUUUGACAUGAUCAACAUCUUUGAUGUAUUUUUGCCUCAGCUUCUCACCUACCCCAAUCCGUCGGAUCCGCUCAAUUCAGGAGCAUCCUCGCUCAUGAAUAGAGACCAUGAUGCGUACGUCAAGCAUGUCCGUAGCAUGGUCCAAAAAUAUGCUUCGGCCGAUGUCGUGGAAGCGGACGGUGAUUUAUCUGCCGUCGAGUCGGAACUCAGCUCUCUGGAACCCAGUGACGACGAAGACUAA